AUGGCCCGCCGGGCCCCACGCCUGGCAGCCCCCGCGCGCCGCCCGCUCCCGGGGCUCGCUCUCCUGCUACUGGCGCUGCCCCUCGCGGCCCGGGCCGACUGCCCGUGCGAGCACCCAGCGCUGUGCCAACCGGUCCGCCACCACGCAGACUACGAGGUCUUUGUGUUUGAUGUUGGUCAAAAAACUUGGAAAUCUUACGAUUGGUCACAGAUUACAACCGUGGCGACUUUUGGAAAAUAUGACUCAGAGCUUAUGUGCUAUGCUCAUUCAAAUGGAGCCAGGGUGGUGCUAAAAGGAGAUGUGUCUGUAAAGGACAUCACUGACCCUACUUUUAGAGCAUCUUGGAUAGCUCAACAACUGGAUUUGGCCAAAAAACAAUAUAUGGAUGGAAUUAACAUAGACAUAGAGCAAGAAGUGAAUUGUUCAUCACCAGAAUAUGAUGCAUUAACUGCUUUAGUCAAAGAAACCACAGAUGCUUUCCACCGUGAAAUUGAAGGAUCGCAGGUGACCUUUGAUGUAGCCUGGUCUCCGAAGCACAUAGACAGAAGGUGCUAUAAUUAUUCUGGAAUUGCCGAUGCUUGUGACUUUGUCUUCGUGAUGUCGUAUGAUGAACAAAGUCAGGUCUGGUCAGAAUGUAUUGCUGCAGCCAACGCUCCCUAUAAUCAGACAUUAUCUGGAUAUGAUGAUUACAUCAAGAUGGGUAUUGACCCCAAGAAAAUUGUCAUGGGCGUUCCCUGGUAUGGUUAUGAUUAUCCUUGCCUGAAACUAUCUGAGGAUGAUAAAUGUUCCAUUGCCAAAGUCCCUUUCCGAGGGGCUCCCUGUAGUGACGCGGUGGGACGCCAGGUACCCUAUAAAGUGAUCAUGAAACAAGUAAACAGUUCUGUUUCUGGAAACCAGUGGAAUGAAGAUCAACAAGCUCCUUAUUAUAACUAUAAAGAUUCUUCGGGCCGUUUUCAUCAGGUGUGGUACGACGACCCUCGGAGCAUUUCUCUGAAAGCAGCCUACGUACAAAGCCAUGGCUUGCUGGGCAUUGGCAUGUGGAACGCAAACUGUCUGGACUACUCUGGAGACGCUGCAGCUAAACAGCAGACAAAAGAAAUGUGGGAAGUCUUGAAACGAAAGCGGUGACAGGAUUGAGCAUAUUUUGUGGGAGCCUCGUUUGUCAAACAAUCGACAUUAAGAAAAAUGAUCUUCGUAAACAUAUGUCAUUUCUUGAAGACUAAGUAGAUUACAGCAUAUGUAUAUGUAUAUAUUUUGGUUGUGCUGCUAUAUGCUUUUUAAUUAGCAUGUGCACAAAGGUAAAGAAUAAAGAAAUAUUUUGAUGGC